UAAGCUAGCUCAACUUGCUAGCCUUCGUUAGCCUAGCCUGGAGGCCGCCUGCUUUACUUUCUCGGAAGGGAAAUUCCUCUAUGUGUUCACGAAUGGCGAAGGAGCUGUCUCGAAGUUAUUAAUGCACGUGAAUUGAUAAAUCGCUUCCCCGGACGGAAGUUAGCUGCGUCGCUAGCGUUGUCUUUCAGCCGAGCCCGCCUGUUCGGAACACAAUAGUACGAAAUACGUCGUCAAGUGAUAAAUGGCGACAUUCGACGCGCUCGAAACAAUCCAAGCACUGUUAGCGUUACACCGACUGUAUUAUAAGAGAUAAUAUAACGAUUUUUUUGUCUCUCCGGAGGCUUGGUAGCGUCGCUGAAUAGUACGUGUGUUGCCGAGGCGGAUGCUCUCGGAAGUCUACCACGCAGUAAACCUUUGCCAGGAUUUCCGGCUCCUUUCCAUUUGCCCUAUGCUGUUUUGUUUCCGUUUAUUCUAUUUCCGUUUCUAAAACUUUUUCCCAUUCAGAGUCCAAGUGCGACUUGUCGUCCAUAUUUUUCAAUAACACGAAGCCCCCGUGUGUUUCGGGAAACCGUAAGCGUUUCUUCUGCUUACGGUUGUGUAACGACGGCUGCCGCAACCGAUGCCGCCGCUUCGGAUAAUCUCCAGCUAACUUUGUUCGCUGUCGGCGUCACCGAGUAAUUCGCUCGGCCUGACGUUUAGUCGCCGGUUCACUUAUGAAUCCCCUCGCAACGUCUCCCCUGUCUUUUAAGAGACAAUGUCCAAGGGCGGAGCAGACGACUUGAUAGAGAUCGAGAUCGAUGAAAGGGAAAAACAAGCAUGCUUGGAGGAGAGCAUGGAGGAACAGACUAUCAUGGCAUCAGAUCUGAUCCAGCAAGACAUUGACAUCAACGAGCCGGUUGGCAAUUUGAAGAGGCUGUUGGAGCCUCGGCUUCAAAUUUCACUAGAUUCGUAUGAAAUAUGCUUGCAAGACAUUCAGUUGCACCCUGAUCACAGCCUCUUUGAUCAGGGUGUCAAAACAGAUGGCACGGUGCAGCUCAGCCUGCAGCUCAUAAGCAAGCCAGGUGAAGAGAAGUUGAACAUCUUGGAGAUUGUGAAGCCCGUGGAGACGGUGGAAGUGGUGAUUGACCCGGACGCGGCGGGUGAGGAAGGUUCGCUGGUGGAGGAGGGGCAGCUCAUCGCCGUGGAACGCUCGGGUCUGUCCGACGAGACCUCAGAGCAGGUGACACGCUGGGCCGCCGCCUUGGAAGGCUAUCGCAAGGAGCAAGUCCGACUCGGAAUACCCUACGAUCCCGUCCUGUGGACGGCCGACCAGUCGAUACACUGGGCCGUGUGGGUGAUGAAGGAAUUCAGCAUCGACGAGAUGGAAAUCGGGAGCAUUCACAUCCCAGGUCGAAACCUCUGUGCGUUAAGCCAGGAAGAGUUUCUCCAGAAAGUACCAAACGGGGAGAUUCUCUGGAGCCACCUGGAACUUCUUCGGAAAUAUGUUUUGGCAAGCCAGGACCAGUCCGGAGGGGACGCCACUGUUACCAUCGAUCAACCUGUGCAGAUCAUCCCAGCCCAGGUUAGCACACCCACGGCAAUUAAAGUGAUGAAGCAGAACCGCGGACCACGAGCGCCCCGCAUUUCGGGAGAGGAGCGCAGCUCGCCUGGCAACCGUACAGGCAACAACGGUCAGAUCCAACUGUGGCAGUUCCUGUUGGAGCUGCUGACGGACAAAGACUCCAGGGACUGCAUCUCCUGGGUGGGCGAGGAGGGCGAGUUCAAGCUCAACCAGCCCGAGCUCGUGGCGCAAAAGUGGGGCCAGCGCAAAAACAAGCCGACCAUGAACUACGAGAAACUCAGCCGAGCCCUCAGGUAUUACUACGACGGCGACAUGAUCAGCAAAGUGCAGGGAAAGCGUUUCGUGUACAAGUUCGUGUGCGACCUGCGAACCCUGAUCGGCUACAGCGCCGCCGAGCUCAACAGCCUGGUGGCCGAAUGCGAGCAGAGGAAGAUGUCGCGGUUGCAGAUGCAUGGCAUCGCGCAGCCUAUCACCACUGUCACCUUGGCCACCACAAUGGAAAAGGACAGCUGAACCUCAUGAAUGGGGACGAACACUUUAUUUCCACGUUCGAAGAGGAGGACGGAGUGAGUGAAUGCUUUAAACGGGACUGAAUUAAUGUCUUCCUUUGUAUAUAUACGGCAACGCAUCCUGUUUUGAUAGCCGGGCCACGGCACGUGUAUUUUCAUAAUAGAAGACCCCUUUUGUAUUUUUUAUUUUAGUUAUGUCAAUCGUGUAUGUUCUGCUGCAUUUUUGAACCCCAUUUUUUUGUCCAUACCGGGGGAAUAAAAUUGCAUUUUUUUUCGCAACAGUCUUCAUUC